AUGAAGAGGCUCUCCAACGGAACAGAACAGAUUCGUCUCCUGGAAACCAUCAAGAAGGGUGAGUUCGUCCAGCAAUCAGCAAAAUGGGACGCCGAUAAUGCAAAAUCAAUCCCCCUUCUGAAAGCCCUCGACGAUACAAUGGAGCACAAUUUCGCGGCCAUUACGCCGAGAUAUGAAAUCUGCCAGCCAGUCACUGUUCAAACGCACACUUCAUCGUCUCCUCCUUGUUUACCAAUUCCUUCUCCUUCUCCUUCUCCUUUAACACAGUCAUCAUCCUCUUCCUCAGCGACAAUGGCAGGAGGGCCAGGCUCCGGCUUCGUCACAGGCAAGUCGAAGCGCAAAAUCAAUGGGCGAAAGCAAAGACGCAAGGCCGACGCAGCGGCCAAAAGACUCGCAGAGUCGAGGGCAGAGGCUGACAGCUUCGGCAAUGAAUUUUCCGUUGACGAGUUGACUGCCUCCACCACACUUGAAGCGAGCUUGGUUACAAACUCGUCACCUCUGCACAAUAAGGGGCGGAGGUCGCUGGACAAUGAGGCUGGUGAAGCACAGGAGUGUACGUCACUGUCACAGGCAGGGUCUUCUGGUCGUCACUUGCCAGUGGAUCUGGGGGCACGUGAAGUAGCUUCACCAACGUCUGAUGCAUCUGAUCAAACAAUCACCCAGGCUAACUUCAAUCAUCCUUCACACCUCCCAAGCAGACUCAAGCCCAACACUGUCAGCAUGGCUGGAGUCUUUGAAGAUGGACCUGCCGGUAUUCAGGAAGAAUCGGCAUUGCGUGCUUUCACCGAAGUCGCACUGCCAUUUAAGUUUGAUAGCCUUGACCCAAGACUGAAGUGCCCGAAACCAGACUGUCGGAAGUUGACAAGUUGUUGGGAUUCUGUUUCGGUGAUUUGUCCUGCUUGCAGCCCCAACAGUUUCACCAGAUAUUGCUGCAAAGAACACCUGUACGAAGACAUUCGACGCCACUGGCUUCUUGAUUGUGGCAAACAUCCCAUCACUGUACCUGUCGAUCCGGAUACAGUUCGUCCCUGCCAGCUUCCUCGAACGUCCUACAUCACUGGCCAUUUUUCAAAUCACAUUGAACGCCACCGACAAGCAGUUUACCGUGCAAUGGAACCUGCAGACUACUUCAUUUUCGACGACAACGAGCAGCUGACAACCGAGACCCCAUCCAAAGUGGAAUGGCAAUUGGUACGCGGAACGGGGCAAGUGCAAAAGAAAAUCUCAUUCCUCAACGACGGAACAAUGCUCUGUCCUCAUGCUUUCUUCAAUCACCACAUUUUGCAAUGUCUGAAGUUUGGCGGGCCACUUGCGGAAAACAGUAGCAAUAUCGCGUUCCACAUGAUCAGAGAUUUCAUGAUCGUCGACGGCAGUUGGACUGAAGAAAUCCUGACGACCCUGUGCAUGCAAGUUGCUUUCGAAUGGGGUUACAAAGUGCCAGAGCACUUUUACAACGUGGACCAAGUCAACCUCAUCUAUCAAAACUUAGGUCGUUUGCCAGUGCCUAUGCGUCUGCAACACGGUUGGAGCUCACUUCAGUCCUCAAAUUGA